AUGGGUGACGCGUGCGGGUACGACAACCUGUACAACGCCGGGUACGGCGUCAACAAUGCGGCGCUGAGCUCAACGCUGUUCAACGACGGCGCGUCGUGCGGGCAGUGCUACCUCAUCACCUGCGACACGUCACGUCCGGGCGGCCAGUCCUGCAAGCCGGGCUACUCCAUCACGGUGUCCACCACCAACCUGUGCCCGGCCAACUACGCGCUCCACAACGGCGGGUGGUGCGGCCCGGGCCGGCCCCACUUCGACAUGUCGCAGCCGGCCUGGGAGAACAUCGGCAUCUACGGCGCCGGCAUCAUCCCAGUCCUGUACCAGCAGGUCAAGUGCUCGCGCACCGGCGGCGUGCGCUUCAGCAUCGCCGGCUCCCAGUAUUUCCUGCUCGUCAACAUCCAGAACCUCGCGGGCAGUGGCUCCGUGGGCGCCGCCUGGGUGAAAGGCGACAACACGGGGUGGAUCCAGAUGUCCAGGAACUGGGGCGCCAACUGGCAGGCGCUCGCUGGGCUCGUCGGCCAGGGGCUCAGCUUCGCCGUGACCAGCACAGGUGGGCAGUACAUCCAGCUCCUCAACGUCGUGCCAGGAUGGUGGCAGUUCGGACAGACCUACACCACAACCCAGAAUUUCUACUACUAA